AUGUCCAUGGCUAUGAGGCGACGCUCCUCCGUCGGUCCGAGCAACCUCGGUCUUGUUGGGGCGAACAGCAGCAAUGGCAAUGGUGCCAGUGCAGAAGCAGCGCCGACUUCAGUGCAAGUAGCGGUGCGAAUCAGACCGGUCACCGCUCACGACCUCGAGUCCAUACCUACACGAUGGCGCAAGCUGGUCGUCGCUCCGACAUCAUCCAAUACGCUCUCCGUGGAGCCCGGAGGUCCGCCAGCUGAAGGUGCCACACCAGCAUCUUUCGCCUCGCAUUCAGCAAAAAAGCAAAGCUUCGCGUUUGAUCGAGUGCUGAACUCGGACGAUGAUCAGACGCAAGUGUAUGCGACUGUCCAGUCUCUCGUACCGCGCUUCUUGGAAGGCUACAAUGCGACGAUCCUGGCUUAUGGACAGACAUCAAGUGGAAAGUCUUACACGAUGGGAACCUCAGCCGGUGACCUUGAUUUUGAGUCACUAGUAGCCGGUCAAUCUCCCGACCCCCAGCUGGGCAUCAUUCCAAGAGCGGUGGCACAGAUUUUUUCGCACAUCAAGGCCAGCCAAGCAAGAAGUGGUGCGAUUCAAUAUUCUGCAAAGGCUAGCUUCAUCGAGAUCUACAAUGAAGAUCUGAUCGAUUUGCUUGCAGACGAUCCAGGUAGCACACACGUCCAGAUCCGCGAGGAUAAGCAAGGCCACAUUAUUUGGUCAGGGCUUCGGGAGGUCAAGGUGAACGGCGUGGCAGACGUCAUGAACUACCUCUUGCAGGGCUCGAGCGUUCGCCGGACUCACGAAACGGACAUGAACGCUCAGAGCUCUCGCUCUCACGCCAUCUUUUCUUUGACGCUCGUGCAACGCAAAUUUGUAGGAAGUGGACCACCCCCUCCUCCCAGCGCUGCACAUGGCAUUAGACCCGCGAGCACCAUGCUUGGUGGCAGGACAACGCCCACCGGGCGCGCUACACCGAGCGGCCGCUCUCCUUCUUCCGGCUUGCCUCGCCCCCAAUCCGGCAUUCCUACGCCAGGACGUUCACUGGCGAGCCCUACGCCCGGGUCGCGCUCAGGUACACCAAGCGCAUACGGCUCGGGAGGCUUGCGACCAGUGAGUAUGAUAGCGGGGCGAAGCUCUAGUCCAUUGCCAGAUGAUGGUGCUGGCGGAUCUGCGGGCGGUGGAGAAUGGGUGACCAUCACGAGCAAGUUUCACUUUGUGGACCUUGCGGGCUCGGAACGACUCAAGCGCACCGCAGCCGUCGGAGAUAGAGCCAAGGAGGGCAUCUCGAUCAACGCGGGGCUUCACGCUCUCGGCAAUGUCAUCUCGGCAUUGGGAGAUCCUGCAAAGGCAAAGAAGACCACCCACAUUCCAUAUCGCGACUCGAAGCUCACUCGAUUGCUUCAAGACAGCUUGGGCGGCAAUGCCCACACGCUCAUGAUUGCAUGCGUCUCGCCGACCGAGUACAAUGUCAGCGAGACGGUCAACACCCUGCAAUACGCCAAUCGGGCCCGCAACAUAAAGAACAAGGCGGAGCUUAACGAAGUAGAAGCCGGUUGGGAGGACGUCGAGCACUUGCAGAACUUGGUGAUCAAGCUUCGAAAGGAGCUGACUGCCAUCAAGGGCGCCAAAGCUGGCACUCCUGGCAGUGCGGCAGCUCUUCGUGCCAUCGACCAGAAGGAGGAGAUUGAGUGGAGGGACAAGUACGCAGCACUUAGCCAGAAGAAUACGCAAUUGACUACUGAGCUCACUAAGCUUCAGCAGCUCACACGCGACCGCGAGGCCGACAAGGCCGACGAGGACUUCUUGGCAGCAGCGGAACCCAUCAUCGUCGAGUACGAAAAGACGGUGGAUGCUCUCGAGGGCCAGAUCAAUCUGAUGAAGGCCGCUCUCGCGCACACCGAGGAUCUCAUCGCCGAUCAGGAGACCCGUCUGGCGGACGAGACUGCGCGAGCGGCGACGGCAGAGCAAGAUCUCGAGAUGAGGGAAACGGUCAUUGCUCAGCUGCAAGCGCGACUGGGCAAGUUGCAGGACCGUGAAAGCUCUAAUGAUGGCUAUGUCAGAGACUUGGAGAGCCGGUUGCAAAAUGCUUCCAGCAAAGGUGACGCAGACGAGCAGGUAGUGUCGGAGCUGCGCAAGGAAGUCGUUCGCUUGCGCGAGACCGAAUCUACGACGGAGCAGUACGUCAAGGACCUGGAGGUUCGUCUUGCAAAGGCGGACGAAGCAACUUCGCAGCUCCAAGCACUGGUGCAGCGUCUCGAGAGCGACAUUGCUCGCCGCGAGGAAGCGUACAAGGAGCUCUCGGCGCGCCUAGAACUGCUCGACACGGGCAAGGCGAACAAGGAGCUCCUGGAAGAGCUCGAUGCGCGCGAUCAUAAGCUGCUCGAACUGGAGCGUCGACUGGACGAGACGGUUGCUGAGCGUGACGAUGUGGUUCGCGAGCGCGGCAAGCUGAAUGACACCGCUGCCUCGCACGAACUUGAGAGAGGCCGCCUGGAGGAUAAGCUGCGCGAGGCAGAGGCUGCCGCCGCUGCUGCUGUCGCGGCCUCCGCCGCCAUCGGCACGGCAACGGUCAGAGAGGUGACUCCCGGAUCUGGAAACGUCAGUCCUGAUCAGACUGCCCAAAUCGCUGCUCUUCGUGCGGAGCUUCAGGAGGUCAAGGACACCGAGUCCAAGAUACGUGCAGAGCAUGAGACGCUCAACCAGUCUUACCGAGAUUCGCUCGCCGAAAUCCACGAGCUCAACAGUCAGGUCGAAGAGGCCAAGCUGCACCGCGGAGCGCCAAUGACGCCCUUGCAGGGCCAUAGCCCAGAAGAAGACGAUGAUCUCGAGGUUCUGGCUGGCAGCUCUGAGGCUGGAGAAGAGAAGCCUCUUGCCAAUGCGGAUGAGUUGAGACGUCGUCGCUCAUUGCAAUUCUCCCCGACACUACAGCGAGCCUCAAAGAGCAACGCCAAUCGUCCCGAGAGUCUGCUUUUGGAUUCGCAAAGCCUCUCUCGUCGAUCAUCUGGCACUUUUUUAGGCUACAAUCCUCGCGAGCGAACCCCUCGCGAAGCGACGUCGGCCACCACGCAGACGACGCCCAGAAGCACAGCGUUCGCAUCGACGGGGACGGAGACCGAAGAAGGGGAAGCGGUGACGGACCUGAAGCAGGCCAGCCGCGCGAGAUCCGUCUCGCAGUCAUUGUCUCCGGCAUUCUACUCGGCUGGGGGUCCGCGGCCUUUGUCAUUAUCGCGCUCCGGAUCGAUGUUGCCAACACCGGCCAGGGCCUCUACUCCAAAUGGAGAGGCUCCAAACUCGGCGAGCUCUGACCGCCAAGUUGCAAGCUUAAAGAAGGAGGUCUUGCGUCUGCAAGAGGUGUUGCGAGAGCGCGAUGAGGAGAUCGGGGAGCUCGAGCGCGCGAGCAAGACGCAGCCCGCCAUGCUCGUCCGAAGCGAGCAGCAGUCUGCGAGAGGCUCUUCAGAUACUAGUGCUGAUUCUGACAACGAAUCCCGCUUUGUAGACUCUCAUUCGCGCCCAGCAUCGAACAGCGGUCUGCGAACUCCACCGACGCUGACCAGCGCGCCUUCCGAAACCGAUUUCAACGCCUUUAAGCAGCUGAUCGAAGAGACUCGCGAGCACAGUGGGCAGGACUCGGCAGAAGCGCUGAGCUUGGACGAGCUGAUGCGGUCCAUGGCGCGCAAAGAGACUAUUCAUCGAGAGCGCAUCGAGCAGUUGUCCACAGAGCUCUCAACUCGCGAGCGCGAUCUCGUCUCUCUGCGCCAGCUUUCUCAGGAUCAGACUGCCAACAUGCUCAUGGAGAUCGAAGACCUUCGCACGCAGCUUGGAGCUCGCGAAACCCCAUCCACUCCUCGCAACGCUCCCGAAGCGUUGCAGCACAAAGAGCAUCUCGCAGUGCCGUCUGUCGCGACUGCGCCCGCUAACGUGGUCACCGAGGACAUCAACGCUCUGCGACGCGAAAUUGAAAAUAGCAAAUUGGAGCUCGCUACCAAGGAGCAGCAAUUUGUCGCUCAAUUGCAAUCUGCGAGAGACGAGCAUGCAGCUGCUUUGGCUUCGCACGCGACAGCGCGAGAGUCCCAGGAUGCCGAGACUGCCCAUCUGCACACCGAGGCCCUGGCCCGACAGGCCGAGGAGCACCACGAGGCGGCCCAGCGUGUGCUCGUUGAGCAUCAACAGGCGCUGGAUGCGCUACGGCAGGAUCAUGCUGCAGCUGCAGCGAGCAUCGGGGAAGAUGCAACGCGUCAAGCACAGGCCCAACACGCUGCUCACGUCGUCGAGCUCAAGAGAGAGCAUGAAGGAGCUCUUGGUGAACUCACUUUGACCCAUGAUGCUAAACUUAAGGAGCUGGCCACCCAGCACGCUGCUGAGCUGGCUGCUGCUGUUGCUGCGGUGCAUGAGGAGCACACGCGCUCUUUGGACGAGUCCGAGGCAGACACUCAGACCCGGCACCGCGAUGCUCUUGCAGCGCUCGAAACAUCGCAUCAAAGCAAGCUCGAAAGCGUUGUCGCCCAGCAUGCUCAGACCCAAGCAGAGCUGCUCGAGUCUCAUGAACGUACCCUCAACACAGAAGUGUCCAAAGCACGCAGCGAGGCCGACGAUGCCGCGGCGCAGCGAUACAGAGCUCAGAUGGAUGAGCUCAAUGCGACGCACGAUGCUCGUGUGCGAGAUCUCGAGGAGGCGACAAAGGCGCUCAGAGAGGACCACGCUGUCAACAUGCAGAAUGCGCGCGACGAGUUGCAGCAGGUGCACUCGGGAGCUCUCUCCGACCUGGCAGCUAGCCACGAGCAAGCUGUUCAGUUGGCCAGAUCCGAGGCUUCUGCUUCUCUCGAGAGUGGUCACAAUAGCAUAUUGGAAGCUCUGACUUUGGAGCAUGGUGCUGCCCUCAAAGCCGUCGAGGCAAGGCUCGCCGAAGCUCAUGCCCAGUUCACCAAGGCACAAGGCGAGCACGCGGAAGCCCGAAAAGUGCUGCAAGAUGAGCAUUCGACUGCCCUGUCCCGAGCAAUCGCUGAGCGCGAUGAACUUCACGCCAGUCAUGCGAGCACACAGCAGCAGCUCGUAGAGCUGCGCAAUGCGCAUGCCAAGCGUCUUGCCGCUCUUGGAGACGAGCACAAAGCCAGCGUUGCUACCUUGCAAUCCGCGCAUCAGCAGCUCACCGAAGAGCGCGAUGCGGCCCAUGCGGCCUACGACGAGCUCAAUUCUGCUCACGAACAGCUUCGCGAACAGAAUCCGCACGAAGUCGAGCUGCUUCGCUCAGAACUGUCCGAGACCAGCGAUGCCCUCGUCACUCUGGAGCAAGCACUCACAGAGGCGCAAGAAGAGCGCAACAGGUUCGAAGCGGAGCUCGAAGCUCUGAAGACGAGCGUCGCCGCACCCUCAAAUGGUCAUCUGAACGCAACGGAGAGCCUUCGCAAAGAUCUCGAUCGAGCCAACGCUGGCUUGGCCAACGUCCGCUCCGAUUUGUUGCGCAGCAAGAGCGAAAUCCAAGGCCUCCUCGAGGAACGUGCUCGACAGGACUCGCUGCUGCGCGAGACUCAGAUUAAGCUUACGAUUGCUGAGACGAGGGGUUCGCGUUCGCGCGAUGGAGAAGCUCUCAGCGCAAGUUCGUCCCUCGACAACACCACGACGGAAGCUAGCCAUGGUGGUCGUAGAUCCCCAUUGCCGAGGAAGAGUUCCGACGACGCGACAGCAGGCAAGCUCGGCUCAAAUGCAGCGAAGCCACCGCCCCUCGGUCCGCCACCCAACAUGCCUCCCCCACCUACGCCAUCGUCGGGAGCAGGCAGCGCGACGCCUACCCAGCGGUCGUCUGCUGGUUUGAGGGCGUCCGCCUCGAGCAGCAUCACGAGGGCAGACUCGCCAGAUGCUUUGACGCGUUCUUCCUCGAUCACCUCCCACACGACUUCGAGUCCGAGUCUGAAUGGUCUCGCGCAGUCUGACCCCAAGACUGCCAAGCUGCUCACGGAACAAGCAGAAGAGAUCAAGAGUCUGGUAGCUCAGCUGAACCACUGCGAGCAAGACCUGCAAGCCAACAUUGAUCUUGUCGCUACCCUCGAGGCUGCCCUGAACGACAGCGAAAGAAAUCUGCGCAAAUCGCGUGUGCAGCUGUCCGAGGUCACUCGUGAACGUGACCGCUUCUCUGCCCAGACGGAAGAGCUGAGAGAACAGGCGGACGCUGCGCAGCGCGAAGCGGACGCUGCUCGCAGUAGCGUCAUUGCGGAGAAGCAAGAGUUGCAGGACAAGUUCCAGAGAGAGAAAGAAGCUAAAGAGUCUGCCAAGCAGGCAUUGGCUGCGAGGAUGGACGAGCUGACAAAGAAAAAGGGGCGCUCCAAAUUGAUGUGCAUCUGA